AUGGCGACUUUCAUCGCGUAUCAACCACGAGCAAAUAAAACGUCCUUCAGAAACCGCGUCUUCGGCAAAUCUUCCACAGUCGGCCUCCACAGUCAAUUGUCGAUCAGAAAUAGCUCCAAGUAUCCGCAACAGGAACGGCCUACGGACAAUACGGGUUUCGUCGCUUUGGUGGAUUUAACUACCUCUGCCCGGGACUCCGCUCGAGAAUAUCUAGUGGAGCAAGAGAUUUUGGGACUAACAGCUCAUGAUCCCGACAGACGCGGCGUUCAAGUUGCCAGAGUCCGUAGCAAUGACGCGAUCGACAGUGACGUGGUUGAAGAAAGCGAAGAAUGUGACAACCACGACAACAUUGACGAUAAAAGCGAAAUCAGUAACCUUCUAUCGCCCACGGCCAUCUUUUCCCGAAGCGACUCAGGGUUUGGAGGAAGUGCCGGCCUUAGCAGCAAGGCUUCCACAUCACCCAUUUCCAUUGACAGGAUCGGCGAGGUGUGUUGGCAAGAGGACGACUGUUGA